GUCGCUGACGCACUAUUCGACGUACUGGCGCACUUCUUGCUAAUAUUUUUUUUGCGUUGACGUUGCAGAUUUACUCCGUUUUUUCCCUUUCAAAAAUAUUCUCAAUUUUUUGAAAAUGAGUCACACAAUUCUUCUGCUCCAACCGACAGACAACAUCGAGUCACGUUCAUGGUCGGAUUAUGAGAAUACCACGGAAUGUCUUGAAGGAAUCUGCAGAGUCUACGAAGAAUAUUUGAAAAAGAAGGUUCCGGCUCAAAACGAAAUCACCUAUGACAUAUCGCACCUUUUCGAGUUCAUCGACGACCUCAAAGAUCUUUCAAUGCUGGUUCUCGACAAUACAACAUACACAUAUGUCCCCCACAAUAAGCAAUAUGUAAAGGAGAGCAUCUACAAAUUAAUGAACAACAGGCUCAAUAAUCAGCACUGAUUACCAUCCAUAUGGGUUUCUCACUUCUAUCUCUUUCCAACGUUCUCUUUUCUCACUUUUUACGGAUUCAGUCCUAAGUUUUAAACUCUUUUCCAAAAAAUGUGAAAACGAAAUUUCAUAUCCAGUUAUACAAUUCAUCCGCAACCACAUGAAUAAAUAUUUUUAAAUGGUG